AUGCCAGGUGGAGAGCGCUUGGCCAAACCAGAGAGAGGGAAGAUGAGAGUCCACAAGAUCUCCAACGUCAACAAAGCUCUCCACUAUAUCACCAGUAAAGGAGUCAAACUGGUGUCCAUCGGAGCUGAGGAGAUCGUCGACGGCAACGCUAAAAUGACCCUGGGAAUGAUCUGGACCAUAAUCCUUCGCUUCGCCAUCCAGGACAUCUCUGUGGAAGAAACAUCAGCUAAAGAGGGUCUUCUUCUGUGGUGCCAGAGGAAGACUGCUCCUUACAAGAACGUCAACAUCCAGAACUUUCACAUUAGCUGGAAAGAUGGGUUGGGAUUCUGUGCUCUCAUUCACAGACACCGUCCAGAGCUCAUUGACUAUGGCAAGCUACGCAAGGAUGACCCCAUGACAAACCUGAACACAGCCUUUGACGUGGCAGAGAAGUACCUGGACAUUCCCAAGAUGUUGGACGCUGAGGACAUCGUGGGCACGGCCCGCCCGGAUGAGAAGGCCAUCAUGACCUACGUAUCUAGCUUCUACCACGCCUUCUCUGGUGCUCAAAAGGCGGAGACAGCGGCCAAUAGGAUCUGUAAGGUGUUGGCUGUCAACCAGGAGAAUGAGCAGCUGAUGGAGGACUACGAGAAGCUGGCUAGUGAUCUCUUGGAGUGGAUCCGUCGCACCAUCCCCUGGCUGGAGAACCGUGCUCCAGAGAACACCAUGCAGGCCAUGCAGCAGAAGCUGGAGGACUUCAGGGACUAUCGCCGCCAACACAAACCCCCCAAGGUCCAGGAGAAGUGCCAGCUAGAGAUCAACUUCAACACCCUGCAGACCAAGCUGAGGCUCAGCAACAGGCCUGCCUUCAUGCCCUCCGAGGGGAAGAUGGUGUCGGACGUCUCUAACGCGUGGGGCGGCCUGGAGGGGGCUGAGAAGGGUUAUGAGGAGUGGCUCCUUAACGAGAUACGUCGUCUGGAGAGACUCGACCACCUGGCUGAGAAGUUUCGUCAGAAAGCAGCCAUCCACGAAGCCUGGACUGAAGGUAAGGAGGAGAUGCUGCAGGCGCGGGACUUUGAGACGGCCUCUCUGUCUGAGAUCAAGGCUCUGCUGAAGAAACAUGAGGCCUUCGAGAGCGACCUGGCCGCGCACCAGGACCGCGUAGAGCAGAUAGCUGCCAUCGCUCAGGAGUUAAAUGAGCUGGACUACUAUGACUCCCCCAGCGUGAACGCUCGCUGCCAGAACAUUUGUGACCAAUGGGACGCCCUCGGAGCCCUGACCCAGAAACGCAGCGAAGCUCUGCAGAGAACUGAGAAGCUUCUGGAGACAAUAGACCAGUUAUAUCUGGAGUUUGCCAAACGAGCUGCUCCGUUCAACAACUGGAUGGAGGGCGCCAUGGAGGAUCUGCAAGACACCUUCAUCGUCCACACUAUAGAGGAGAUACAGAGCCUCAGUACAGCCCAUGAGCAGUUUAAAGCCACUCUCCCUGAUGCGGAUAAGGAACGCGGUGCCAUCCUGGGCAUCCACAAUGAGAUCGCCAAGAUAGUGGCCACCUAUCAUGUGAACAUGGCUGGCAGCAACCCUUACACCAACAUCAACCCUCAGGAGGUCAACGCCAAAUGGGACAAGGUGAGACAGCUGGUACCCCAGAGGGACCAGGCUCUGAUCGAAGAGCACGCCCGGCAGCAGAACAGCGAGCGUCUCCGCAGGCAGUUCGCCAACCAAGCCAACGUCAUCGGGCCCUGGAUCCAGACCAAGAUGGCGGAGAUUGGUCGUAUCUCCAUCGAGAUGCACGGAACCCUGGAGGAUCAGCUGACCCACCUCCGCCAAUACGAGAAGAACAUUGUCAACUACAAGCCAAAGAUCGACCAAUUGGAGGGAGACCACCAGCUGAUUCAGGAAGCUCUCAUCUUCGACAACAAGCACACCAACUACACCAUGGAGCAUAUCCGUGUGGGCUGGGAGCAGCUCCUGACCACCAUCGCCAGAACCAUCAACGAGAUCGAAAACCAGAUUCUGACGAGGGAUGCCAAGGGCAUCAGCCAGGACCAGAUGAACGAGUUCAGAGCCUCCUUCAACCACUUCGACAGGGACCACUCGGGCACUCUUGGGGCUGAGGAGUUCAAGGCCUGCCUGAUCAGUCUGGGCUUCGAUAUCGCCAACGAUGCACAGGGUGAAGCGGAGUUCUCUCGCAUCAUGAGCAUCGUGGAUCCCAACCGGGUGGGUGUGGUCACGUUCCAGGCCUUUAUUGAUUUCAUGUCCCGAGAGACGGCCGACACAGACACCGCUGACCAGGUCAUGGCCUCCUUCAAGGUCCUGGCUGGGGACAAGAACUUCAUCAUGGCUGACGAGCUUCGUCGUGAGUUGCCUCCUGAUCAGGCAGAGUACUGCAUCGCCCGCAUGGCGCCCUACUCCGGCACCGACGCCGUCCCCGGCGCCCUGGACUACAUGUCCUUCUCCACCGCACUCUACGGAGAGAGUGACCUCUGAGUGACCUUUGGAUGACCUUUGGCCCCUGACCUGGGAGGUUAUGCCCUAUGAGGUCACUCACCAGUGUACCUGCUCUCACCACCGCCCGCAAGACCCUCCUACUGCCCUCCCAGUGAGCACAAGAAGUUGACAAUACUUCCUUUUGGUUGAAAAGGCGUCAAAAAUACAUAUUUCUGGUUGAAAAUAUGACAAUUUUGGUAAAAAUAUGUAAAUAAAUAUGUAUUUUUGGUUGAAAAGAAAUCAACAUCUUGUUCUCACUGGGCCAUCACCACAGCCUUGCUCUAGUCCCAGAUCUGUUGGUGAUAUCUUACCAUCUCCUUGUCACUCAUCGUUGUCACGCCAGUUUGCCAAAACAUCACAAGACAGAUCUGGCAUCCGGCUAGCUCUGCUCUACAAUGUUCAGAACAGACAGAUAUGGCAUCAGGCUAACUCUGCUCUACAAUGUUCAGAACAGACAAAUAUGGCAUCAGGCUAACUCUGCUCUACAACACUCAAAACAGAACAGACAGAUAUGGUAUCAGGCUAACUCUGCUCUACAGCGCUCAAAACAGAACAGACAAAUAUGGCAUCAGGCUAGCCCUGCUCUACAACACUCAAAACAGCACAGACAAAUCUGGCAUCAGGCUAGCCCUGCUCUACAACACUCAAAACAGCACAGACAAAUCUGGCAUCAGGCUAGCCCUGCUCUACAACACUCAAAACAGAACAGACAAAUAUGGCAUCAGGCUAACUCUGCUCUACAGCGCUCAAAACCGAACAGACAGAUCUGGCAUCAGGCUAACUCUGCUCUACAACACUCAAAACCAAACAGACAGAUCUGGCAUCAGGCUAACUCUGCUCUACAGCGCUCAAAACAGAACAGACAGAUAUGGCAUCAGGCUAACUCUGCUCUACAAUGUUCAGAACAGACAGAUCUGGCAUCAGGCUAACUCUGCUCUACAAUGUUCAGAACAGACAGAUCUGGCAGCAGGCUAACUCUGCUCUACAGCGCUCAAAACAGAACAGACAGAUAUGGCAUCAGGCUAACUCUGCUCUACAACACUCAAAACAGAACAGACAAAUAUGGCAUCAGGCUAACUCUGCUCUACAGCGCUCAAAACAGAACAGACAGAUAUGGCAUCAGGCUAACUCUGCUCUACAACACUCAAAACAGAACAGACAGAUAUGGCAUCAGGCUAACUCUGCUCUACAGCGCUCAAAACAGAACAGACAGAUAUGGCAUCAGGCUAACUCUGCUCUACAACACUCAAAACAGAACAGACAGAUAUGGCAUCAGGCUAACUCUGCUCUACAACAAUCAAAACAGAACAGACAGAUAUGGCAUCAGGCUAACUCUGCUCUACAAUGUUCAGAACAGACAGAUAUGGCAUCAGGCUAACUCUGCUCUACAAUGUUCAGAACAGACAGAUAUGGCAUCAGGCUAACUCUGCUCUACAAUGUUCAGAAUAGACAGAUAUGGCAUCAGGCUAACUCUGCUCUACAGCGCUCAAAACAGAACAGACAGAUAUGGCAUCAGGCUAACUCUGCUCUACAAUGUUCAGAACAGACAGAUCUGGCAUCAGGCUAACUCUGCUCUACAACACUCAAAACAUGUUUCUCUGUUGCUGGCCUUAUAUUAUAUGCCAUAGUCAUCCUGUCUGCCAAUUCCUCCUAUUUCACCCCUUCCACCUCCAUCGCCCCUACCUCCCUACUAUAAUGUAGGGUGAAUUUGCCCCUAGACGCUGAUCUUGGGUCAGUUUAGCAUUUCCCCCACUAAUGGUUAAGGUCAGGACUGUGAGAGGGGACGCUGAUUCUAGAUGAUGUACCUAGGGAAAAGUUCCCCCCGGAGAAAGCCCCUCCCCUUCCUUCCCCACUCCCUCACACUCUGCCUCAGUUGUACCUGCUUCCUGUGCAGCAAUGCAGCACAUCUCUCCAGGUUUAUAAAGAGGAGGAGAAAUGUCUUUUUUUUCCCUUGUUAUUGUUUUUCUUCAGAAAAUGAAUAAAGUUAAUGAAUAAAGUUAACAUAUUUUAUUAUACAGAACAAAAAAGGUAUUUUUUCUUCACCUGAUUAAAAAAAAUAUAUAAUAAUAAUAAAGAAAAAUGGCUAUAAUUGA